GGGCUGGGCCGGCCAGGGGCGGCUCCGGGCGGCGGCGCGGCCGAGCGCUCGGUCCUGCGUCUCCAGCCCGCGGCCUCCGUCCCGACGCCUGCGCCGCGCACUCGGCGUCCCGGCUCGGACCCCGGCGCCCAGCCCGUGGCCGUAACCUUGAGGCGGCGGCGGGGCCGGGCCGGGCCGGGCUGGGGGGCGGCGGCUCUGGAUCCGAGGCCGGCCGGCCGCUGGCGGGAGAUGUCGAACCCCGGGACGCGUAGGAACGGCUCCAGCAUCAAGAUCCGCCUGACAGUAUUAUGUGCCAAGAACCUUGCGAAGAAGGACUUCUUCAGACUCCCUGACCCCUUUGCCAAGAUUGUAGUGGACGGCUCUGGGCAGUGCCACUCAACUGACACUGUGAAAAACACCUUGGACCCAAAGUGGAACCAGCACUAUGACCUGUAUGUUGGGAAAAGCGACUCCAUAACCAUCAGCGUGUGGAACCACAAGAAGAUCCACAAGAAGCAGGGCGCUGGCUUCCUGGGCUGCGUGCGGCUGCUCUCCAAUGCCAUCAGCAGGGUGAAAGACACUGGCUACCAGCGUUUGGAUCUGUGCAAACUAAAUCCCUCAGAUACUGAUGCUGUUCGUGGCCAAAUAGUGGUCAGUUUACAGACCCGAGACAGAAUAGGCAGUGGCGGGUCGGUGGUGGACUGCAGAGGACUACUAGAAAAUGAAGGAACGGUGUAUGAAGACUCGGGCCCCGGAAGGCCACUCAGCUGCCUCAUGGAGGAGCCUGCUCCAUACACAGACGGUACCGGCGCGGCUGCAGGAGGUGGGGACUGCAGGUUUGUGGAGUCUCCCACCCAAGACCAGAGGCUCCAGGUCCAGCGCCUCCGAAAUCCUGAGGUCCGAGGGUCCCUCCAGACGCCCCAGAAUCGACCACAUGGCCACCAGUCACCGGAGCUGCCUGAAGGCUAUGAGCAAAGGACGACAGUACAGGGUCAAGUUUACUUUUUGCACACGCAGACUGGCGUCAGCACGUGGCACGACCCCAGGAUCCCCAGAGACCUUAACAGUGUGAACUGUGAUGAACUUGGGCCGCUGCCUCCCGGCUGGGAAGUCAGAAGUACAGUGUCGGGAAGAAUCUAUUUUGUAGAUCACAAUAAUAGGACAACCCAGUUUACAGACCCACGGCUUCACCACAUCAUGACUCACCAGUGCCAACUCAAGGAGCCCAGCCAGCCACUGCAGUUGCCCAGCGAAGGCUCUGUGGAGGACGAGGAGCUUCCUGCCCAGAGAUAUGAGAGAGAUUUAGUCCAGAAGCUCAAAGUUCUCAGACAUGAGCUCUCUCUUCAGCAGCCCCAAGCAGGUCAUUGUCGCAUAGAAGUUUCCAGAGAAGAAAUAUUUGAGGAGUCGUAUCGCCAGAUCAUGAAGAUGAGGCCAAAAGACCUGAAGAAGCGCCUGAUGGUGAAGUUCCGAGGGGAAGAAGGUUUGGACUAUGGCGGAGUGGCACGGGAGUGGCUCUAUUUAUUGUGCCAUGAAAUGUUGAAUCCGUAUUAUGGACUCUUCCAGUAUUCCACGGACAAUAUUUACACAUUGCAAAUCAACCCGGAUUCUUCCAUCAACCCUGACCAUCUGUCUUACUUCCACUUUGUGGGUCGCAUCAUGGGUCUGGCUGUGUUCCAUGGACAUUACAUAAACGGGGGAUUCACAGUCCCCUUCUACAAGCAGCUCCUGGGAAAACCCAUCCAGCUGUCGGAUCUGGAGUCAGUGGACCCAGAACUGCACAAGAGCUUGGUGUGGAUUCUAGAGAAUGACAUCACACCAGUGCUGGACCAUACCUUCUGCGUGGAGCACAAUGCUUUCGGGCGGAUCCUUCAGCAUGAACUGAAACCUAAUGGCAGAAAUGUGCCCGUCACUGAAGAGAAUAAGAAGGAAUACGUCCGGUUGUAUGUAAACUGGAGGUUUAUGAGAGGAAUUGAAGCCCAGUUCCUAGCGCUUCAGAAAGGGUUUAAUGAGCUCAUUCCCCAACACUUACUGAAACCGUUUGACCAGAAGGAACUGGAGCUGAUAAUAGGUGGGCUGGAUAAGAUAGACCUGAACGACUGGAAGUCAAACACGCGGCUGAAGCACUGUGUGGCAGAUAGCAACAUCGUCAGGUGGUUCUGGCAGGCGGUGGAGACCUUCGAUGAGGAGAGGAGGGCCAGGCUCCUGCAAUUCGUGACCGGAUCCACACGAGUUCCUCUCCAAGGCUUCAAGGCUCUGCAAGGCUCUACAGGCGCGGCAGGGCCCCGACUGUUCACCAUCCACCUGAUAGACGCCAACACAGACAACCUACCCAAGGCCCAUACCUGCUUUAACCGGAUCGACAUCCCACCCUAUGAGUCCUAUGAGAAGCUCUAUGAGAAGCUGCUGACGGCAGUGGAGGAGACCUGUGGCUUUGCUGUGGAGUGACGGGAAGCCAGAGGUCGCAGAGUCUCACUCACAACCACCAGACCCAAAGUCUAUGGCGUCUGCACGCCUCCCGCAUGGCGGGCUGAGGCCUGAGAUUCCAGAAACCCGAGGGAAAAGGCUCGUCUCCCUCCUUCUUUGGGGAGGGCAGGCCAAGGGACUUUCAUAGGUGGCUCCCACUCAUUAUCCCUCCUUUAUUAUAGUUCGCCCACCCUUCCAUCGCCCAUCCAAUAAAACGCAGCCAGGUUUCACCCUCA